GCUGGGUUGCCUCCGCCUGUCAAAAGGCAGCCGCGGAGCCCGGGGCGCCGGGAGCUCUGAGCAGCGUGCCCACCCGCAGGAACAGAGUCCUUUUGGCUGGAAGCGUCUACGAACCCUCAUAGAAGGGCGCCCCUGGGCCUGACUUCCCUGUCCCCCUGCUUCUACAGCCAUGGAGGCGACUGCGGCCAGCACGUCCUUACCUGACCCCGGGGACUUUGACCGGAACGUGCCCCGGAUCUGCGGGGUGUGCGGGGACCGCGCCACCGGCUUCCAUUUCAACGCUAUGACCUGCGAAGGCUGCAAAGGCUUCUUCAGGCGGAGCAUGAAGCGGAAGGCGCUGUUCACCUGUCCCUUCAAUGGAGACUGCCGCAUCACCAAGGACAACCGUCGCCACUGCCAGGCCUGCAGGCUCAAGCGCUGUAUUGACAUCGGCAUGAUGAAGGAAUUCAUCCUGACCGAUGAAGAGGUGCAGCGGAAGCGGGAGAUGAUCCUCAAGCGGAAGGAGGAGGAGGCCUUGAAGGACAGCCUCCGGCCAAAGCUGUCGGAGGAGCAGCAGCGCAUCAUCACCACCCUGCUGGACGCCCACCACAAGACCUACGACGACACCUACUCCGACUUCAGCCAGUUCCGGCCUCCAGUUCGCAAGAGUGAGCACGAGGGGAACCAUCCUUCAAGGUCGAUACUCACGCCCAGCUUCUCUGGAAGCUCGUCCUCCUCCUCUUCGGAUCACUGUACCUCCUCUCCAGACACAACGGAGCCAACCAGCUUCUCCAACCUGGAUCUGAAUGAAGAAGACUCCGAUGACCCUUCUGUGACCCUGGACCUGUCCCAGCUCUCCAUGCUGCCCCAUCUGGCUGACCUGGUCAGUUACAGCAUCCAAAAGGUCAUCGGCUUUGCCAAGAUGAUCCCAGGGUUCAGAGACCUCACCCCUGAGGACCAGAUCGUGCUGCUGAAGUCGAGUGCCAUUGAGGUCAUCAUGCUGCGCUCCAACCAGUCCUUCACCCUGGACGACAUGUCUUGGACCUGUGGCAGCCCGGACUACAAGUACCAAGUCAGCGACGUAACCAGAGCCGGACACAGCCUGGAGCUCAUCGAGCCCCUCAUCAAGUUCCAGGUGGGGCUGAAGAAGCUGAAUUUGCAUGAAGAGGAACAUGUCCUGCUCAUGGCCAUCUGCAUUGUCUCUCCAGACCGCCCCGGAGUGCAGGAUGCUGCGCUGGUCGAGGCCAUCCAGGACCGCCUGUCCAACACGCUGCAGACCUACAUCCGCUGCCGCCACCCGCCCCCAGGCAGCCACCUGCUCUACGCCAAGAUGAUCCAGAAGCUGGCGGACCUGCGCAGCCUGAACGAGGAGCACUCCAAGCAGUACCGCUGCCUCUCCUUCCAGCCCGAGUGCAGCAUGAAGCUCACGCCCCUCCUGCUCGAGGUGUUUGGCAACGAGAUCUCCUGACUCUGGCGGCCUGCACUGGCGCCUGGGAGGGGCGGCCUCUCCAGGGCCGGGCACCCAGGCCUGGGGCUGGCGGCUGCCCAGCAGCCCUUUCCACCCCUGCUGGGGCUCAGCCCCUCCGCUCCCGCCUCCCCUCCCUGGCUGGCCCAUCCUCUCUCCUGCCCCGUCUAACACCAGGUCGCCCUCACCUGCCGGCCACAGGCUGCCCCCCGCCACCCCACCCUUCCUUCCCUCAAGGCCUCAGUCAUGAGGAUUUUUCAUUUAUUUGACAAAGGAAGUCAAAUGGGGGCAGAGGGCAGAGGCUGAAGGUGGGCCCUUGCCUGGGGAUGCCCCUGCCACUCCGGAAGCGGCUGCUGGCUGGUGCCAAGGGAACAGGCAGGAGGGAGAGACAGAGCCAUUCCUCAGGGACAGAGACACCCGUACCUCCACUGCACUCCAGGCCCACCCAUCCAGAGCUGCUGGGACCACCCUUCUUCCGCCCACCCACGAUACUGACUCACAACCCCCUCCUCAUUCUGCUGCCGGUCCGUGCUGUCUGCCCCUGGGCAGCGUGCCACGAUGGGCCCUCCUCCUCUGCCUUCUUACCCUGGCCCUCCUCGGACACUCGCUGCCAAGGAAGCCCCAAAACCAAGGUGACCAAGAUCACAACCCCCACCCUCCUUCGCACGCUGCCGGCCAAAGGGUGCUUGCCUAACGCUGUAGGGCCCACCGUCUUCCUAUCACCAUGGUAACACUCUCCCCGGUAGUAGCUCUGGUAGGAUGGGCUUUCUCCCCGUGGUAGGGGCCACUGGCCCAGAACCGAAGUGCUGAGAGGCCAAGCAGGGAAGCGAGCAGGGCCCAGGUGAUGCGAGGACAGGUAAAUGCAGCCUGGUAGAGGAGUGGUAGACACAGGCCCCACCCAUCCUGCCACCGAGCCCACGGCUCCUCAGCCUGGAUCUCAGGGGCUGGCGAGGCGGGAGCUCUUCUCCCUCCCACAGUCCACGUGGCAGGACUGAACGGCCCCCAGGCGUCAGAGGAUUGUGGCCACCAUCCUCAUUCAAACCCUGCGGGCCCCGACAACCCACCCCAGACAGACGACCGGCCACAGGCUCCAGAGCCCUCGCACAGCAGCUGUGGGGCUGGACAGGCCUCACCCUGGGGUGGAUGGCCAAGGGUGGUGACCCAGAGAUCGGUUCACCGUCCCCGCCCCCAGCAGUCUGGAGAAGCCACUUACCAUCAGGGCCUCUUCUUUCCUUCCUGGCAGGAUGGGAUAAAGUGUAAAAGUGUCAGUCACUCAGUAGUGUCCGACUCUUUGCGACCCCAUGGACUGUAGCCCGUCAGGUUCCUCUGUCCAUGGGAGGGUGGGAUGAGGGAGAGGAAUUUCCAGAUCCCAACAGCCCCAGCCCACCCUGGCUGCCUGAGUCUGCUUCCAGCACCACUCCAUCAUCUCAAGUGUGGGUGGGGGGCAGCGGGUCUGCGAGAGCACUUCCGGUGGAGUUGGGUGAGGCUGGUUCCUCCUUGUUCCCACCCCGCCCACUAAUGUCAGAAAGGGCCAGUGAGGCAGGUGCGAUGGGAGCACCAAACUUCAAAGUCAGUGUUCUUCCCAUAUCUAGAGCUGAUAGAUGGAAGUUGUCUUUAGAAUCAGACGCCUUUGGGACCACAUCCUGAUAUAGUGGAUAGUAGGCACCGCUCAUGAAGAGAUGCUUAUGGGAGAUGUGGACUUACAUUGGGGAAGUUCCGCACACUAUUGUUGUUAUUUUACAAAUUAAGGAGAGACCCUUGGGAUCCGAUUGUAGAAAAGUCUUGAAAAUCACUAACCCAGUUCAGUCCCCUUGUUAGAGAAAACUGAUGCUGAGGAGAAGGUGUGACUCACCCAAGCUCGUGUGACUAGCUGGGAGCAGCCGCAGGUCUGGGCCUGGACGUUGGCCGUGGGUCCCGUGCUGUUUUUCCUACACCGCGCUAGAGCUCAGACUUCAUGUCCCAUUCCCUGGUGGCUAACCUGCCCCUCGGUGGAAGCCCUGGGUUUUCGACGGAGCGAGUCCAGAGCCCUGCUUCUCCUUCCUGGGCUGUCAGCCCACUGAGCCCUCAGGACCAGGAAAAGGGGCGCCCCAGCCUGCGUCUCAGUGUGACUCACACCCCACCCCAGUGUGGCCGUGAUCAGGCGGGGUCUCUGUCUCAGCUUGGUUUAAUGCUGUUGCCUUAUCAAUAAAGCGAAUUUGUCUUUGUA